CUUAUUUCGUACGUACUGCUGAGCUCUGCCACAGGGCAGCCCUGUGAGUUUCUCUGAAGGACUCCAAGAUGAGUGUUGAGGCUCUUCAGGAAGGCGAUUUAUCCUCUGUCAAACCUCUCUUCACGGACAGGAUCAUACAUAUCGAACUUAUCACGGAUGUGGUAUUCUCGUAUUGUUCACCCGCAACGCUUCUCCGCAUCGCCAGAACAUGUCGUGCCGCACACAGCGCCAUCCAUGCCUACAUCCGUUCCACGUUCAGGAUCGACCGUCUCCUGUCACGCUUCUUCCAAAACCCGUUAUCCUUUCGCUCCCUGCAGGCUCGCACAGGAACCUUGAUAUCCGGCUCCGUCGCUCUGCAGUUCUUUGACGGAACCUCGUUCCCUGCCUCGGACCUUGAUCUGUACGUGUUCAUGCAACACUGCGGAGAAGUCGGCCUAUGGCUGCUGGCUGAAGGGUACAGCUAUGUGCAAGGGCACUCGGCUCACGCUGAUUUUGAGUCGGCAUUGGGAGACGCGAAUGACGCUCCGGUCGAGGUAUACAACAUCCCCGGCGUCGCUCGCGUGUUCACGUUCGCGAAGACGCCGCCAGACGGAAAGGAGCUGAAGGUCCAGCUCAUCAUGGCCAUUAACGUUCCGAUGGCGGUGGUCUUGGGUUUCCACUCCACUUGCGUCAUGAACGUCAUCACAUACGAAAAGGCAUACUGCCUCUUCCCUAAGGCGACGCUCGAGCAGCACCGCACCCUCGCGAGCUACUCCUGCCUCGGGCGGAACCCGCGACGCCAUCAUGGGCUCUUGAAGUAUGUCGAGCGCGGAUUCAAAAUCGUCGUCUCCCUCCCGUUGCAAGAGCUCUACCUCCAAAACCCCUCAUGGAGCCUCGGCAUGCGCCGCAUGGACGACGGCAGGAGUUGGGUCAUCCCGCUCGACACGGAGGGCAUCGACAGGCGUACGCGGCCCAACGCGAGCACGCGGGCACUCACGCACGACCCUGCGGCGGUGACGACCUGGUUCGUGAAUGCGCGUGGAGAUUAUAACGGUGGGACGUUCUCGGUGACGAUGGAGUUUGACGUGAUUGGGUCGCCGCAUCUCGAGUAUAAGUAUGUUCUCGCUAUGUCAGACCCUGAUUGGGAGACGCGGUACCUCACCCAGAAGAUGAGGGAGAGGAUCGACAGGAACCGUCGCCAGCUGGGGUUGCUGUAUGGUUCUGUUGGUCAGACAUACUUCGACGGGGAACUUCCGGAGUUCCUCAAUACCAUGCGCGCGUUCUUGAAUGAGCGGAAUCAUUCGGACGACAUGUCGGAUUUGCGUUUCAUGUUUGAGAGGCUGUCCUCGGUUUGAUAUGUUGUAUAGUUUCUUUCACUGUUAGCAGAGUGUACAUAAACCUCUUUGUAUGGCCUUUUCUUGAUGGACUGGUAGUUGUCAAAUGUAGCCGUAUAGGGUAUUUCGUGCUUAUGAGAGCGCAACGUUGGUGAAUCUGUAGAAUUACAUGUAACAAAUCAGCUAGUCCGACAUACAAUAUAACAAU